AUGGCUUUGUAUAACGAGAAUGAGCAGUUGCUGUGCAAGAUGUUCCUCUCAUCUUUUGGAGAAAUCGCAUCGAAAUGGUUUUACAAGUUGCUGAAAGGAACUGUAAAGAGUUGGAAAGGCCUGAUCGAGAUGUUUAUGGCCAGGUUUGUUAAACACAAGUUACAGCCACUAAAGGUAGACUCCCUGCUGGCUUUGAACAUUAGCGAGGGUGAAAGCCUCAAGGCUUACGCCAAGCGGUAUUAUGAGGUGUUUAACCGAAUACUGGCAUGCAACCAGGAAUUGGCGAUCGUAUCUUUCAAAAACAGCUUAGAGGAUGAAUGCCCGCUUCGAGAAUCUCUGGUAAAAACUCUAUUAAAAAGUAUGGAGGAGCUAAUGGCACAGAUUGAGAAGUAUGCCAGAGCAAAAGAGGACACGCCAGGGACGAAGACACCAAAACAGGAUAAGAGAAACAGCUUGUCAAAGCGAAGUCGAGGUAAUGCUGGUUUUAACAAGCAGGAAACAGGGUUAAGGGCUGCACAAGCAGUUACCAUUGUAUUCAGGAUCCCGGUCUACAAAGUCCUGGAAAGGAUUGGGAACUAA